CAGAUGGCGGAGGUGGAGGACCGAUGCCGUAUUUAGCAAAAAAAUAUUUUUUCUCUUCUCGAUUCACCUUCUGGAUUUAUGUUUUGUAUGCAAUUUUCAUAUAAUCAUUGUUUUAUUCUGUCAUUUGUGUCGAUUUAGGAAGCGUCGGCAUAUUUUUUGUUUUCGUCUUGUGUAGUAUGUAGGAAAGGGUAUCCCGGUUAGCAUCUUUGUUACAAGUUAGGCCUUAUUGUUUUAACAAUAGCCGGGACACCAUCUUGCUAUUUUUACACCAGCCAAGUUUGCUUUGCUUUUUACAACACCGCCAGUAGGAACAACAACAUGGGACUUCAUUACGUUUGCUCCCACUGAGACGGCUGUUCUAUUACAGCACUAAUUGAAGAAUCGGAAGAACUGAGCUGACAAAAGGAAGAUGGCUGCUUGGAUGCAGGAGGCAGCAAACGGCAGGGGUGAUGCUGGUAAAUUGGAAGGGCUCAAGAAAGACAAGGUGAGCUCCAAGUUGUCUGUGGAGCGAGUGUACCAGAAGAAGACCCAGCUGGAACACAUCCUGCUGCGUCCUGACACGUACAUUGGCUCCGUGGAGCCCCUCACGCAGCUUAUGUGGGUUUUUGAUGAAGAGGUUGGAAUGAACCAGAGGGAAAUCACCUAUGUUCCUGGACUUUAUAAAAUAUUUGAUGAAAUUCUUGUUAAUGCAGCUGAUAACAAACAGAGAGACAAAAACAUGAACGCAAUUAAGAUCACCAUUGACCCCGACUCCAACACCAUCACUGUGUGGAACAACGGUAAAGGAAUCCCAGUGGUGGAGCACAAGGAUGAGAAAAUGUACGUUCCAGCUCUCAUUUUUGGCCACUUGCUCACCUCCAGCAACUAUGACGAUGAUGAGAAAAAAGUGACAGGUGGGAGGAAUGGCUACGGUGCCAAACUCUGCAACAUUUUCAGUACCAAGUUCACUGUUGAAACAGCCUGCAAGGAGUACAGACACAGUUUCAAACAGACGUGGCAGAACAACAUGAGCAAGACCUCAGAGCCCAAGAUCAAGUUCUUUGACGGAGAAGAUUUCACCUGCGUCACCUUCCAGCCAGAUUUGUCCAAGUUUAAGAUGGAGAAACUGGACAAGGACACAGUGGCGCUUCUUACCCGCAGAGCAUACGACGUGGCUGGAUCCUGCAAAGGUGUCAAGGUCACUCUGAAUGGGAAAAAAUUACCUGUUAAUGGCUUCCGUAGCUACGUGGACCUGUAUGUGAAAGACAAACUGGAUGAAACAGGUGUGGCCUUGAAGGUGGUGCACGAAAAUGUCAACGAGCGAUGGGAGGUUUGUCUCACAAUGAGCGAGAAAGGAUUCCAACAAAUCAGCUUUGUCAACAGCAUCGCCACUACUAAGGGUGGCAGGCACACCGACUAUGUGGUGGAUCAAAUCGUGUCCAAACUUAUUGAAGUGGUGAAGAAGAAAAACAAGGCAGGAGUGUCAGUCAAACCUUUCCAGGUUAAGAACCAUAUUUGGGUUUUCGUCAAUGCACUGAUAGAGAAUCCAAGCUUCGACUCCCAGACGAAAGAAAACAUGACUCUCCAGACAAAGAGCUUUGGUUCCAAAUGCCUUCUUUCUGACAAAUUUGUAAAGGCGGCAACCAAUUGUGGGAUUGUUGAGAGCAUCCUCAACUGGGUGAAGUUCAAAGCUCAGACACAGCUGAAUAAGAAGUGCUCCUCAGUGAAGCACAGCAAAAUCAAAGGCAUCCCCAAGCUAGACGAUGCCAACGAUGCCGGUGGCAAACACUCCUCUGAGUGCACUCUCAUCCUCACUGAGGGAGAUUCGGCAAAGUCUCUGGCGGUGUCUGGACUUGGAGUGAUUGGGCGUGAUCGCUACGGAGUAUUCCCACUGCGAGGAAAGAUCCUCAAUGUGCGAGAAGCAACGCAUAAGCAGAUCAUGGAAAAUGCGGAAAUCAAUAACAUCAUCAAAAUUGUUGGCCUCCAGUACAAAAAGAGUUAUGACGAUCCAGAGUCCCUGAGGAGCCUGCGCUACGGCAAGAUCAUGAUCAUGACCGAUCAGGAUCAAGACGGGUCUCAUAUUAAAGGUCUACUCAUCAACUUCUUUCACCAUAACUGGCCGUCCCUGCUGAAGCACACAUUCCUGGAGGAAUUUAUCACACCCAUUGUCAAAGCUACCAAGAACAAGCAAGAGCUGGCCUUUUACAGCAUUCCAGAGUUUGACGAGUGGAAGAAACAGACGGAAAACUAUAAAACAUGGCACAUCAAGUACUACAAAGGUUUGGGUACAAGUACAAGCAAAGAGGCAAAGGAAUACUUUGCUGAAAUGGAGAAGCAUCGCAUCACGUUUAGAUACAACGGUGCAGAGGAUGAUGCUGCCAUCACUUUGGCUUUCAGUAAGAAGAAAACAGAUGACAGGAAGGAGUGGCUAACCAAUUUCAUGGAAGACAGACGACAAAGAAGAAUGCACGGUCUGCCUGAGCAAUACCUCUAUGGAACGCAGGCCAAACAUCUGUCCUACAAUGACUUCAUCAACAAGGAGCUGAUUCUUUUCUCCAACUCUGACAAUGAGAGAUCCAUUCCGUCGUUGGUUGAUGGCUUAAAGCCCGGCCAGAGAAAAGUGCUUUUCACCUGCUUAAAGAGGAAUGACAAGAGGGAGGUGAAAGUUGCACAGCUGGCUGGUUCAGUAGCAGAGAUGUCAGCGUACCAUCACGGAGAGCAAGCACUCAUGAUGACCAUCGUCAACUUGGCUCAGAACUUUGUGGGCAGCAACAACGUGAACAUCCUGCAGCCACUCGGUCAGUUUGGUACCCGCAUCAACGGAGGCAAAGAUGCUGCCAGCCCUCGUUAUAUCUUCACCAUGCUCAGUCCACUUGCCAAGCUGUUAUUUCCCGCAGUGGACUCCAACUUGCUUAAGUUCCUGUAUGAUGACAACCAGAAGGUGGAGCCUGAAUGGUACAUUCCCAUUAUUCCAAUGGUGCUUGUCAAUGGUGCAGAAGGCAUAGGAACAGGCUGGGCAUGCAAGAUCCCAAACUACGAUCCCAGAGAGAUCGUCAACAACAUCAGCCGGAUGCUCAACCAUCAAGACCCCCUUCCAAUGCUCCCUAGAUACAAGAACUUUAAAGGGACGAUCCAUGAACUUGGUCCAAACCAGUACCUGGUUAGCGGAGAGGUGUCUGUCCUAGACAAAAACUCCAUCGAAAUCAUAGAACUCCCCAUACGUACAUGGACACAGGCUUACAAAGAGUCAGUGCUGGAGCCCAUGCUGCAGGGCACCGACAAAACACCAGCGCUCAUCAGCGACUACAAGGAGUACCACACAGAUUCGACUGUUAAGUUUGUGGUGCGCAUGUCUGAGGAGAAACUGGCCCAGGCUGAGGCAGCCGGCCUCCACAAAGUCUUCAAGCUUCAGUCCAGCCUCACGUGCAACUCAAUGGUUCUGUUUGACCAUAUGGGUUGUCUGAAGAGAUAUGAUUCCGUCCAAGAUAUUCUGAGAGAGUUCUUCGAACUUCGCCUGCACUACUACAAACUUCGGAAGGACUGGUUAGUCGGUAGCCUCGGCGCUGAAGCCGCCAAACUGUCCAACCAGGCUCGUUUUGUGCUGGAGAAGAUCGAAGGGAAGAUUUCGAUUGAGAACAAGUCCAAGCGUGAACUGAUACGCAUGUUGGUCCAGAAAGGCUACGAGUCUGACCCUGUAGCUGCCUGGAGCAGAGCUCAAGAAAAGGCGCAAGAAGAAGACGAAAAUGACGGAAAUGAGAGUGACAGCUCAGUAGACUCCGGUUCUUCGGCAGGCCCAAAUUUUAAUUACAUCCUCAACAUGUCUCUGUGGUGCUUGACAAAAGAGAAGGUUGAGGAGCUCCUUAAACAAAGGGACCAAAAGACAGGGGAGCUGCAAAAUCUCCAAAAGAAAUCUCCAGAAGAUCUGUGGAAGGAGGAUUUGGCAGUGUUCAUUGAAGAGUUAGAUAAUUUUGAGUCACUUGAGCGGGAAGAGCAGAAUUUAGGGAAAGUUAUCAAACUUGUGAAAGGCAAAGUGGGAAAGCCCAAAGCAAAGAAGUUGAAUCUGGAGGAGACGAUGCCGUCACCAUUUGGCCGCAGGGUGGAUCCCCCAGCUCAGCCGCUGAAGUCUGACUCUACCAAGAAAGUGGGCAAAAGGAAAAAGGUGGACUCAGACCCAGCUCUGAAGUUGGAGGGUGAUGAUGAUGGUUUGGGUGGAGAUGCAGCAACAGGAGAAAGCCCCGCAAUCAAACCAAAGACACCACGUGUAAAGAAGGAGAAGAAAGAACCAGGGACUCCCAGAGUAAGAAAAACUCCAGGGCCCAAAGGCACUCCUCUAAAGAAGGUGAAAAAAAGAAACCCAUGGUCUGAUGAUGAGUCCAAUUCAGACAGUGAUCGGGAGAGCAGUCAACUUGUCAUCCCUCGCGAGACCAAGUCUCAGAGGGCAUCAGCGUCCAAGCCAAAAUACACCUUUGACUUUUCCGAGGAGGAGGAAGAUGAGGCCGAUAAAGAGGAAAAUGGAGAUGAUGAUAACGAUGACGUGGCCUCUUCUCCAGUAAGGGCAUCAAAAGAUGCAUGUGAAAUCAAGGAGCACUACAGUGACCAGAAUGAUGAGGAUUCUGACUGCAACAAAGACUCUUACUCUGCCCCCAAACAAAAGACCACAUCAGAGUCUUUUACAAAAAAGGAGACAAGCAGCAUCUCUGAAGACAGCAAUGACAGCGAAAUGUCCAAAUCUGACAGCGACGAUGACAACCACCGACUUAUCUCCACGUUUUCAAGCAGUCAUGCGUUUGACAGUCCAUCGCUUGCAAAGAAAGCAGCCAAGAAGCCAUCCAAUGCAGGUCCAAAAGCGAAAAAGACACCAACACCAAAAGCAAAGAAAUCCAUCUGUGACUCUGACUCUGACACUGGGUCCAAGACAGUAGCUCUUAAAGGUAAAGGUCGGGGAAGAAAGAGAAUGGCCUCUGGCUCGGAGGAUGACGAGUAUAGUCCCAUGAAGAAAAUUCCAAAACCAGGAGGCAGAAAGUCUCAGAAGCCUCCGUCUGAUGAGGAGGAUGAAAAGAGUGCAGUCAACACGUCAUUCCGGGCUGGCCGUGCAAAGAAGGAAGUCAAGUACUUUGCUGAGACGGACAACGAGGAGGACAACGAUCACGACGACAUGUUCGACUAGAUCCAUUUUAACCGUGUUUCACUCUGCUUGUAUGAAAUGAUUUAAUGUUCCCACAGACUUUUUCUACAUCUCCUUUUUUCAUUUCCUUUUAUUAAUAGUAAUGUUGAAUAUUUUUUGAUGUGUAGUCGUUUAACAAUGUUUACAGUUGCUUUUUUUUUAAAAUGCCGAUGGAAAUGUUGUGUAAUACUCUGAGGCGGCUUUUAGUUUAGAGCUCUUUAAAUUGUUAAAAGAAACUGUAACUCUUGGAGCAAGUUAAGAGUAAACAAUGAAAUGUGUCACCAUUG